CGGCCUGUCUCGAUGAGCGCCGAAUGGUACCGGUUUUUACCGUGUCUUUACGAGCGUUAUCUGUGGGUACUACGAUAACCGUACCGGUAUUAUCGACCUUUUCACCUGAAGGAGAUUCCGAGAUGGCAGCUCUCGGGAAAUCCUCGUUAUUGUGCAGGUGUCUCGCCUCAUCUAAAGUGAUUCGGACCUCAAAACAACUUUCACAGGAUGCCGCCAUCAGACAUGGACUUGUCGGCAUGGUCGGAAGAACACCACUGGUCCGUUUGAAUAAGCUGAGCGACGAAACAGGAUGCGAGAUACUGGCCAAGGCAGAGUUCUGUAAUGGCGGAGGGUCCGUGAAGGAUAGGGCUGCCUUGUUCCUCAUUAAAGACGCCGAGAAGAAAGGUCUUUUAAAGCCGGGAGGAACGGUGGUAGAAGGAACAGCCGGGAAUACUGGGAUCGGAUUGGCACAUAUUUGUCUGGCACUCGGUUAUAAAUGUGUAAUAUACAUGCCGAACAACCAAUCACAGGAGAAGAUCGACUGUCUAAGAACCCUUGGCGCGGAGGUUCGACCCGUGCCUGCCGUGCCCUUUACUGAUCCCAAUAACUACAACCACCAGGCUGACAGAUUUGCCCAGAGUCUGAGUAACGCCGUGUGGACGAACCAGUUUGACAACCAUGCCAAUAAGACAGCUCAUAUAGAGACUACAGGACCGGAAAUUUGGCAACAGACGGGUGGGAAAGUAAACGCUGUGGUGUUUGGUACUGGCACAGGUGGAACGUUAGCAGGUGUUGGUACCUACCUCAAGGAAAAAAAUGCCAACAUACAGGUGUUCCUGGCAGAUCCGCAGGGGAGCGUUCUGUGUAGUUAUAUAAAACACGGAACACUGGAAAGGUCAGAGGGAAGUUCAAUAGCGGAGGGUAUAGGUCAAGGUCGAGUCACCAACAACCUCAAGGACGCUCCCAUUGAUGACGCCAUGACGAUAAUGGACACGGAUGCAGUCGCCAUGACAUUUCGACUUCUCCACGAAGAGGGUCUGUUUGUUGGAGCGUCCACAGGACUAAAUGUAUCUGCCGCCGCGCAAGUAGCUAAACUAAUGGGGCCAGGACACACUAUAGUCACGUGUCUGUGUGACACUGGACAGCGAUACUACGCAAAACUCUUCAGUAGAAAAGUACUAACAGAGAGAGGUUUACUCGACUGUAUACCAGAAGCGUAUCGACGAUCUCUUCAUGAUUAAACAACCACCGACGAUCUCUUCAUGAUUAAACAACCACCGACGAUCUCUUCAUGAUUAAACAACCACCGACGAUCUCUUCUUGAUAAGACAGCCACGGGCAAUCUCUUAAUUAUUAAACAACCACCGACGAUCUCUUCUUGAUAAGACAGCCACGGGCAAUCUCUUAAUUAUUAAACAACCACCGACGAUCUCUUCAUUAUAAACAAUCACGGACGAUCUCUUCAUGGUUAGACUACCGACGAAGAUCUCCUCAUUAAACGGAAUCAAAUCAUGAACCGUUUGAUCAUCAAAAGCCGACAGAGGCUUUACGAAAAGUCUCCUGAUAUUGAACAUUUGAAACACAGGCAUAGUUCAGCAAUUUACUUGCGUGGUGAUUAUCCCAGAAAGGAAUGGAUACGAUGGAAACCUUAUUAAUCAUGUCAUAUUUUAAUUGUAUGUUUAUGUAUUUAGAAUCAUACUUGCCAUAAAGAUCACCGCUUUAUAACAAAUAUCUCUCUUGGCGUUGUUAGUUUUUUUAUUACAAAUAUCUCAUAACGUCAUUUAGUUCUUUUAAGCAUUAAACUGGCCUUGGAAGGUUAUGGUUCUAUCAUUCUCACAGGAUUGCAGAUAAAUUGAAUAACGCGUGUUAAGGAGCAGUUUGAUAUUUAUAUUUCCGUUUCAAAAUUUAAAUUCUUCUUUUAUCGAAUCUGAACAGUGUUAUCACAUUCCAAAGUCAAAUUUCGCUACCGUUCCCAGUAAAAAAGUAUAGUUCAUGGAAGUAAACACAAACUCAUUUAAUUUAAACGUUUAGAUAAAUAUUUUCACUAUGAUGGUAUUCACCUUUUACACAAGAUAGCUACAUAAACAGUUUCAUUGAU